AUGGCCAACAAAAACGCCAAGCACCUCUACGAGGCUAUUCCCGAAUGUGUUGCCGGAUGCUUCGACAUCAGUGUUGCCGCUACUGGCUGCGAUGACACCGACUACGACUGCUGGUGCUAUAAACCUAAUCAUCAGACUAUCGUCGAUACACUGGAACAAUGUCUUGGUAACAGAGAAAGACGAACAAAAAAGAAGUGUACUACAGAUGACAUGUUUGAAUAUGAGAAUAGUUACUGGAAGAUUUGCGAACAAUACUGGGAACCAUAUGGAACUGCCAUCGAACCCACAUCAUUCCCAACCUCACCGGCUACCAAGACUUCGAUCACAUCAACCGCGUCCACCGAAGCCGCAACAACAACUACACCCGCCGAACUGGAAACUACAACCGUUGAAGAAUCAUCAUGGACCACAACCAUAGCAACCCAGUCUGGUGAUUCAGAAGCAGCGGAAGCAUCUGGCGAUCCAGAACCAGUGGCUCCCCCUGGCGGCUUGUCCAAUGGAGCAAAGGCCGGUGUAGGCAUUGGUGUUGCUCUUGGAGUCAUCCUCUUGGGCGUAGCCAUCUUCCUCUGGCUGCGCGAGAGACGUAAGCGACAUAAUGUUGAAGAGAAGCUUAGAUUUGCAGAAGUCGAAAAGGCCAAUGCCAUUCAAGCAGUUGGUUAUGGUCAUCACGUUAUGUAUGAGAUGGAGGGCGAUCGACCCCACGCCGAGGAAUUGCGCGGAUGUAUGAGGACGCCAGAGCUGGGUGCGGGAGGUCGAAACUCGGCCAGCGUGACAGAAGUUGCCCCCAUCCGAAUCAUCAACGAGGUCGUUCAGCGCCUUUGCGCCCAGGAACCUGAGACUGCUGCCAAUCUUAAGCGCUACAUGAACGAGACCGACCACAUCAAGGACAUCAUGCUUGCCGUCGUUAAGGAUAUUGGCUACGCCAUGAACGAACUGGACCUUCGCGACGAGAAUGCCGUAGCCUUCAACCGUUGCAAGUUUGAACUCGCCCUCGCCGUUGACGAACACAACCGUCUCACCCGUGAUGGCUUCGAGCGGACCUUCCGUCCUCGUCUCAACUGCAUCGUUCAGGGCCUCAAACUUGUUGACGAAGACGACGAGACUAAGAAGGGCAAUGAGCCCAUGAUGGAAGUGACUCUUCGCUUCCCGGCUCGUGAGUACAACGACAGUCCUCACAGCCUGACUCCCGGUAAGGGCAAUGUCUACCUCAUGAUGAAGGAGCUUUGA